AUGUGGCCAUUUACCUCAUCCAAGCCCACCGAAGGCAAAAAAACUGAGGAUAUCAAUAAAGAAUUACCAAAAGAUCUUCAGGAAUUCUUUAAACAAGAAAAUCCAGAUAAGAAACACGCAAAUUUAUUUGAACAAUCAUCACCACAAAACCACAUUUUUGAGGUUUUGAACAAACAUAAAGAUGAUCCCAAAGAUCCAAGACUAGCUUAUUAUAAAUCUUCUCAGGAUAUAAAUAAUGCAUGUGCAGUUAACUGUUCCGAGAUUAAGAAUCAAGUUGUGGAAUGCUCUAAGCAAGUGACCUGGUUACAACUGGGAUCCCCAUGUGCUGAUAUAAUCAAGGCCAUGUCUGCAUGUACCCAAAUUCAGAAAACUGCACUUCAAACGUUACAUUUUGAUGAGUGUUAUAAUGUAAAGCAAUGUCAAAUGAUGAGAUAUUAUGUUGACAAAAUAUUUACUGAAAAUUUCGGUCAGUAUGGUAGUGAAAUGAACGACGAAACCAGAGCCAAAUUUAAUAAAGAUAUUGACGAUGCAGUCUACAAAGUAUGGAUAUAA